GCUCAAGCAUCCACAACCGCAAAGGGAGCCCUCAAGUGCGCCAUGGCUUGUAGGAUAUGCAACAACAAGGCUGCCGGUGACUGUGACUACGACCUUUGUGGCCGAUGUUGUAACUAUGGUGCGUGCCAUCGCCAUGGAUGGUUUGAGUAUGAGUGCGGGACUUGCUUCCGACUCUUCCAGAACCAGAACAAUCUCAACCAGCACAUGCAAACCCAUAAACCUCGGGACAAGCUAUGUCCUGUAUGUGGCCAGGUCAGCUUUAAGUCCACUUCAGGAGUUACGCUGCACGUGGAGUCAGGAUAUUGUGCUGGCUGUGGCGAAUGGGGGAAAAAACUUGUCCGCGAUUUCAUGAAGGAGAACGUGCCGGAGUUCUAUGCACCCGCCAUUUGUGACAGAAGCGACUCCAACGACUCGAAUGAGGAUCCCUACUGCAGGUCUUGUGACAGGUCCUUUAAAAGUAUGGGGGCUUUGUUGCAACACAUGGAAGCCAAACAUGAUAGCCGAGUUGGCGUGCCGCGCCUUCGUUUGGCCUACUGACUGAAGUUGAUGAAUUCAAUGAACUGUAUAGAUGACUUUAGAUGAUUGGUUCAUGUAUAGAUUCUAAGUUAUUCUAGGUGAUUCCAGCACAACUGGACUGAAUUCUGGAAUAAGGCUGCUGUGAUCUUUUAUGAGUCAAGAUGCCUUGGAAAA